AUGCAGGUGCCGAACAGACCAGUGGGAGCUUAUGGAUACUCCGUGCGUAAUUACGCACCAGCGUCGCUGUACCCGCAGUACCAGGGGAGUCUGUGCGCGUCGACGACGAAGCCUCCAAGUGGAAAAUCUUUCACCAUCGAUGCUUUGCUCGCCAAGACGGAGGACACAACCAGCUGCAGGGCGAGUCCGACUCAGUGCGGAGAGAAAUAUCAACCAGCAGUCCCAGUUCUGCCUCUCACUGGACACGUUGGCUUACCGAUAUCAACAGCACCUUACGUCUAUUCUCCAAACAUGCUGCACUCAGCGCUCAACACACAGCCCGGAUAUUCAGUCUACUGCUGCCCGCCUUUCACCUACCAGUCAUCGUGCCGAGGAGCAUUUUACGCACAAGCUUCGAUCUCCAAAGUGAACGCAGGGCUGCACUCGUUCAAAACUAAAGGUGGGAAGUCGAAACGGAUGCGCACCAGCUUCACCACCGAGCAGCUCUCCCGGCUGGAGAAGGAGUUCGCGCGGCAGCAGUACAUGGUCGGAUCAGAGCGGUUCCUCCUGGCCUCCGCUCUGCAGCUCACAGAAGCUCAGGUCAAAGUUUGGUUCCAGAACAGACGCAUCAAGUGGCGCAAACAGAGUCUGGAGCAGCAGCAGGCCAAACUGGCCAAACUGGGUCUGGCUGCUCCGCCGAAAAGUCCCGGAUCUCAGGGCCACGGAGAUGAAGGAGACGAGGAGGAGGAGUUCUCCGACCUGGACGUGGACAUUGAUGUGUCUGAUGACUGCAUUGACCACUGCUGA